UUUCAUAAUGAUGUACAUGGCUAAAUAAGGAAUAUUAUCAUACAUAAGUUUUGUAGCUUUUUUCCAUGCUGAUGAACUUCAGUCUCUCGGAACAAAGCAUAACUUCAUGAAUAAUUUAUAAAUGUUCAACAUUUCAAUUUUGUUUCAGACCGACUCCGCAACCUGGAAUAAAACAUACGCAAUUAAUGCAGUUUUAAUUCUAGUUGAAAUGAAUUAAGUAUUUGAAUUCAUUGAGGAAAAUGAUAUUUUUACCGAUUUCGGUUUUGCUUUUGCUGUUUGGGGUGUCUAUCAAGGAAGCUUAUGCAGCUGGAAAUACGACGUAUGUAGUGGCUCUGUUGGGACAAGACAUUCAAAAUGACACAGUCAACCCUGAUAUCAAUUAUGAAUUGGUUCUAUCUACCAACUCCACCUCAAGCAUCUCGGUAGAUGUUACAGGCAUUGAUGGCCUUAUAACAACACUUACCGUUGAUGACACGGGCAAAACAGUACAUACUCUUGACCAAACGAAGGGAAUGAAUGGAUCAGAGUAUAGCAACAAGUCCAUUAUUGUUCACUCUGCAGACGGUUUCUUCACUCUACAAGUGUUUAUAACGAGGGGCGACCACAACUACAUUGAGGGGUUUCUUGGUAUUCCUAUCCAAUCACUUGCAGGCCCGAAUCAGCCUGUCGGACAGACGGUUUACAGUUAUGUUGCUGCAACGUUCUGUGACGUCGGUGGUUACUGCCAGUUGGCUGUCGCCGCUUUGAACGACAAGACGGCCGUUUCAAUCGUCCUUCCUAGCCACGUCGAAGAAAUAGUUUGUUGUAAGGGCAAGGGCUACCACCGGUCCAAGAGAGACACGGCAUUUACUCUGAAUAAGUUUGACUCCAUUCAAUUUGAGAGUACCUACGACUUAACCGGAACUGUGAUUUACAGUUUUGAGCCAAUUGUUGUAUUUGCCGGUUCACGAAAUGUCAGCAAUGGAGAAGUUAUCGCCCACACCGUGGAACAGCUGGUUCCGUCUUCGCACUGGGGGACUGAAUAUGUCGUAACAAACUUGGGAACUAAUGGUUAUGGCGACAUCUUGAAAAUAGUCAGUCACUGGAGUGACACGAAGAUAACCAUGAAAGGUUUUCCAUCAUUCAUUUUGAAGAAUCGGUACCAGACUGCCGUACGAAGGUUGGACAAAGGUUUCAGCAGUCAUAUCCAGGCGUCACACCCAAUUCAGGUAGUUCAGAUAACAGGACUUACAUAUGCAACAGAGAAUGAAACAUCUACCCUUAGUAUGACGGUAGUUCCUUCUGUUCAGAACGCUUACACUGAACCAGUCACAGUUGCCUGUCAUGGGGCGGCUGCACAGCAGGCACAGUUCUACAUUGUAACAGGUAACCAGUACUUUGGAAGAAUUCACUCUGGUUGUACAUGA